AUGGCGAUGAACAAGCAGGAGGCAAUCCGCUCGGCUGUGUCUGUGCCUGUGCUCCGCCUCCUCGGGGUUCUCUUCCUGCUCUCCGGUGCUUGGUCCACGUCGUCUGCCUCCCCGGCCCCGGUGUGCGCGGGCUCACGGGAGCCGGUGGUGCUGGGAGAGGCGCUCGGAUUCUGCGGCGGCUACGCCGGCCUGAGCUGCUGCGACGCCGCCGCCGACGCUGGACUCAGGGCGGAGCUCGACGGCCUGCGCAUCUCCGACGCCGCGUGCGCCGCCAUCGUGAAGGCCGUCCUGUGCGCGAGAUGCGUGCCAUCCCUCUCGGCCACGCUGUUCAACUCGGUUGACUCUGCGACGACCAUGAAGCUCGCCGUUCCUCUCCUCUGCGAGUCUACUCAGUCGUCGACCUCUGCCCAGCACCAGCCUGGCCCCCCUGCUACCCGGUUGCCAUGGGAGCAGGGCACGUUUUGCCUUGAGCGUAUCAGCACAGGAUCCUUUGUCACCAUGUCUGCUCACCCAGAUGGCUCAGGCCGAGUCUUCUUGUCCAGCCAGGACGGAAAGAUCUGGCUGGUUUCAAUGCCUCAUCAGGGAUCUGGAGUGACCCUGCAUUCUGACAGUCCUUUCCUUGACAUCUCGGAUCGAGUGCACCAUGAUGUGGUGCUCGGACUGGUGGGCGUGGCGUUUCACCCAGAGUUCACGACCAAUGGCCGCUUUUUCGUCUCAUACAACUGUGACAGCAGCACCUCACCGGUCUGUGGUGCCGGCACGUGCUGGGGUUCUGCUGCCGGAAAUGGCUCCCAGCUGUGCAGGUAUCAGCUUGUCGUCUCCGAGUUCUCUGCUAAAGGUGGCACUGACUAUUCGAAGGUUCAUUUGUCUACCUGUGAUUUUCAGGAGAAAACAGAUGGACAAGUGACCGUGCCACUCCAAGAUAGAGAAGCCAGAGAUCUUUGCUGCGGGUCUGAACAACCCAAGCGGAUGCAGUUUCGACUCCAACAGGCCUUCCUACUUAAAGCAGUGCGAGCUAGUGCAUCUUAUCACGAGGGUAGAAACUACAGUGGCUCCUCAAUGAAGGUGACUGUCUCCAGCAUCAUCGACCACGGCCGUCCCACUGAUGGCAGGAUGCCAUCGAUCAUUGGUGGUCUCAUGUAUAGAGGGUCCGCAGAUCCCUUGCUGAAAGGAAGGUAUCUGUAUGUUUAUGCCUCCAGUGUGUGGGCUGGCGUGGAUGCCCUUGAGAGCAGGAGCAGCGGGCGCAGCGCCUCUGCUCAGGUCCCCAUCGUCAAGUGCUCCAGGAGCAGCCCUGUGCCCUGCAAUGGCAUCGGCAUCGGCAUCACUGGGCGUGUGCUGUCCUUGGGCGAGGACAGCAGCAAAGACGCAUGCCGUCCUCGCCACCAGAGGCGUGUUCGAUUGGUUCCACCCAGCCUAUGCGGCGUCACUCAGCCACUGCCGCAGCCUGCACGUGGUGAAGGCUGGGUGCUGUCCGUGUUGGGAUAUGCGCUGUUGUUUGCGCUCUACCUGGUCUGGAUGACAGUAUUUGGCGGUGGAGGACAGAUUAAGAGAAGCUGUAACGAGUGCUUCCGCGAGAUCAGUUGCUGCACCUUUUAUUUCUGGGGAACCCGCAAGAGAUCAGCUCGUAUUACUAAGAAAAAAGAGGCGCGGUGGACAAUGAACAACUGA